AUGAGCAACUGUCACACGUGGAACAACGUUGGACCGUUGCCCUGCCUACAGGCUAUACCACCGACACCCGCUCCGUUGCCCUUAGGCAAUAACCAUGUUUUUGGACAAGUCUAUCAAAUAUUUGCUACAAAUGCCAUGCCGAAUGUCCUUACCCCACAAACUGAUUGUGUACAGUACAAUAAGCUGAUGCAUGGAUUGUCAUGGACUGCAUAUCAGUCCCAGCAAAUAUCAGCGCCACUAACACAGAAUCUACCGCUCGUACCGCCCCAUAUUUCUAACUCUGUCAUGUCUCGCCUGCAUCGAAAUCGUGGAUUUCAUCCUUUUCUACCGAAGGUAGUCUGGACUCCUUCGCCUCCUAAGAUAGUCUGGCCUCCACGUCGUCCAACUCCUCCUCCAGAAAGUGAGGGAGCAUUUUCAGAUAAGGAACCAACGAUUGAUUCAUUAAGAAUGAUAUCACCGGAUGUGCCAUUGAUAUUACCGAAAAAUGCGAAUGGACCGGAAAAGGAAAGCACUUCGAUCAACAUAUUUCGCAUGAUACUGGAGGAAGACCAACAUAUCAGACCGCAGCUACCAGUUGUAGAUUUGGAAGAAGAGAUUAUUACGACUAGCUCUGGAAAAGUUGUCAUAGAAAGUCCGGCUCCGAAAAAGAGGAAAGAAGAAAGUGACGACUGCGUUAUUCUGGACGACAUUGACGAGGGUCCUUCUUCUAGUACACCCAGAGCUUUCGAAUUUGCUAGGCCAGAAAAAGUAAAAAAGCCUUGGACCCGCCGCGACUCGAAGUUACCCUGGAACCCCCUAGAGGCCACAUUUCACGUACCUGAACCAGGUCUGCUUUCAGAAAAAGUAAAAAAGCCUGGAACCCGACGCGAUUCGAGAUUGCCCUGGAAUCCUCUUGAAGCUACCUUUCACGUUCCCGAAGCAGGCUCUAGCUCAGGAUCAUCAUCUAUGGAGAAAGUAGUCGAUCUUACCAUCGAAGAAGAAAAUACUACUGAAACAACAACAACAACAACAAAUAAUAAUAAUAAGACGCUGCGUGAUGUUUUGGAAAAUCUUUGCAUUCCUGCAAGUCCUCCAGAAGAAGGCGAACUUACUGAAAGUUCCGAUGAUGUAGAAACAGGAGAUGAUUGUGUGAUUGAAGUAACAAGCGAAGAUGAUCUACAACUGACAUUACGAUCGCAAGAAGAGGGAGAUGUCAUCGAUUUGACAGCUGAGAAAGAGUUCUCCGACAGUGAAGUGGUAUGUAUGGAGGAUUUGACAGUUGUAGAUGAGGAGGAAGUUACAGUCAUCCAGCGGGACGAUGUGGUCACGAAGACGACUAAAAAGAAGACCAAAAAGCGUCUGUCUACCAAGACAUCGACACGCGGUGGGAUGAGUCGAAAACCAGCGGAUGAAGAUGCCUUAUCGAGAAGCACCAAACAGCUCACGGGUGUGACACCUAGAUAUUGGGAGAAGUUUACGGCAGCUCCACAACCGUCAAGUAGCAAUGCGGAAUUCCGAGUUUGCAGCUAUAACGUGCUUUGUGAUCUGACGACGAAGAAGACCAUGUAUCUUUAUAGGCAUUUGAGUGAUGACGAAAGUGCACUGUCAUGGGAACAUCGUUGGCCUCUAUUGGAACAAGAAUUGCUACGUCUUAAUGCUGAUGUAUAUGGUUUGCAAGAAGUUCAGCACGAUCAUUACGAUUCGCAUUUUCGGCCUGCUAUGGCUAAGGUUGGUUAUUUUACUUACUAUAAACAACGCACAAACGGUUUGAGUGACGGAUGCGCAGUGUUUGUGAGAAAAUCCAAGUUUGAUGUUGUUCGCUAUAGAAUCGUGGAAUAUUUUGUAGCUAAUGGUACAACAAUGGACAGAGAUCAAAUAGGACAAAUUCUACAACUACGGUGCAAGAAAACGGGUCAAGAAAUAAUCUAUGCCAAUACACACCUAUUGUAUAAUUCAGCUCGGGGAGAUAUCAAACUAGGGCAGCUAGCUAUGCUUAUUGCAAAUAUACAAGAUAUUUUGAAAGAAAACCGUUGUCCUGUGAUCAUAAAUGGUGAUUUCAACAUCGAGCCACUUUCAUAUGUUUAUACAUUCGUCAGCGAAUCGAGUGUUUACCUGAGAGGUCUUCCACGUAACGAAUUAUCGGGACAGGGGCAAACGGGUGGCCCUUGCGUAAAUGCGGAGAAGAUUCUACCGCCUGCUUCUAAAGUCGGAAGGGACAGCAUGUUUGUCGAUCCAAAGGCACCUCGAAAAGUUGCUGCCGAUUACUUUACCCACCCAUUGCGUUUAGCAUCAGUGUAUCAUCAUUUUGUAGAGGAUGGCAAGAAAGAAAUUUCCACUUACCACAGAGAGGCAGCCAAUCCUGAUUUCAUCUUUUACACAAUAGAAAAGAAGAAAAUCCUGGACAAGGUAACGCAAGUAUACGAAGUUCCGGAGCUUCGGCUUCUUCGCCGAUUGAGCUUGCCUGAUCGUGAAACUCUUGAGAAUACAUUAGGCCCAUGGCCAAAUCCUUACGUACCCAGUGACCACAUUCCGCUAGUUGCAGAUUUUGUGCUGACAAAGUCUCAGAAGAAAAGGAAAUAGAUUUGCUUAAUAGUUGGGAAAUUUUGAUUGUGAUGAGGAUCUCGUGAUAACGCUCUUAGCCUUAUAAACAUUUUUUUUUUUGAUUGCUGUAUAUUUUCUGCCGUUUUAUUUUUUGAUUGUUUUCAUUGUCUCAGUACAUGCUUUUGAUAAUCAAUUAGAAAGCGAUUAGCGUGAAAAAUUUGAUUAUCCGAUAUCUAUCACUAAUGAUUGUACACCUCAUAUGAUUUGCCUUUGUAUAAUGCUCCUUUUAUCUGCACAACUUUACUGUCAGGUUCUCGCUGUCGUCUAGAUUGGCUUCAAAUGGUUCUCGUAUAGCUUAAGUAUCUACUUCUGAUAUCUACUUGUUUCUCGGUAGGACCGAUACUAUAUGUUAUUAGAGGUUUUU